AUGUCUACAUUUGGUCGUUAUUUCCGUGUCACCACUUAUGGUGAGUCCCACUGUAAAUCAGUUGGAUGUAUAGUCGAUGGUGUUCCACCAGGAAUGGAAUUGACUGAAGCUGAUAUUCAACCACAAUUAAGUAGAAGAAGACCGGGUCAAUCUAAAUUAACUACUCCAAGAAAUGAAAAGGAUAAAGUUGAAAUCCAAAGUGGUACUGAAUUUGGUAAAACUUUAGGUACUCCAAUUGGUAUGCUAGUGAAAAAUGAAGACCAAAGACCACAUGAUUACAAUGAUAUGGACAAUUAUCCAAGACCAUCCCAUGCAGAUUAUACCUAUCUGGAAAAAUACGGCAUCAAAGCUUCUAGUGGCGGUGGUCGUUCUUCUGCUAGAGAAACUAUUGGCAGAGUUGCUGCCGGUGCCAUUGCUGAAAAAUUUUUACAUAAAGUUAGUAAUAUGGAAAUUGUUGCUUUUGUUACACAAGUUGGUGACGUUAAGAUGAACAGAGACCCAUUGGAUCCUAAAUUCCAACAUAUUUUAAACACCAUAACAAGGGAAAAAGUCGAUGCUACAGGCUUAAUUAGGUGCCCUGACCCAUCAACUGCUGGUGAAAUGAUUAAGGAGAUUGAAAAGUACAGAGGCAAUAAAGAUUCCAUUGGUGGUGUAGUCACUUGUGUCAUUAGAAAUAUUCCAACUGGGUUGGGUGAGCCUUGUUUUGACAAAUUAGAAGCAGUAUUGGCUCACGCCAUGCUAUCUAUUCCAGCUUCUAAAGGAUUUGAAAUUGGUUCUGGGUUCAACGGUGUUAGUUUGCCAGGAUCCAAACACAAUGACUUAUUUUAUUAUGAUGAAGAAGAACACAGGUUGAGAACAAAGACUAAUAAUAGUGGUGGUAUCCAAGGUGGUAUUAGCAAUGGUGAAAAUAUUUACUUUUCUGUUCCAUUCAAGAGUGCCGCAACUAUUUCUCAAGAACAACAUACUUCCACUUAUAAGGGUGAAGAUGGUGUUUUAGCCGCAAAAGGUAGACAUGAUCCGUGUGUUGUUCCAAGAGCUAUUCCGAUUGUUGAAGCUAUGGCUGCUUUAGUUAUGGCUGAUGCCGUUUUAAUUCAACAAUCCAGAGAAUACUCUAUUUCCUUGUUUAAGAAAUAA